GCGGGAGCUGCUCUCGACUCUGCAGUACCUGCAAUUGUUUAUCGGGGAUGGCCGCGGAGAGCGGGGGGAGUUUGACGCCAACGAGCUCGCCGAGGUCAGGCUCAUCAGGGGCCCCCCGCCCCUCGCCGUCUCGGACCUCGGCCGCCCCAUUGCGGAGCACGUCUACUGCAGCGACUCGAGCUCGCAUGUGUACGCCGUCCACAUCACGAGGGCGAGCCCUCGGGGGGCCUGGGCUGCGGCCAUCUACCGCGAGCGCUGGAGAUUCAGGGAGCUGGGGGACGAGCACGAGAACGACUGCGGUGCCGGCGCCCUGCCCGACGAGACCCCCGAGCUGGAGACGGGCGGGGGGACGUUCAGCGCCUGGGCCGCCCGCGAGGUGGAUCAGGAGCUGGGUCGGCUGCGGGAGUCGCGCGCCGCCGCCAUCCCGAGUGAGUCGCAGCUGGACGAUGUCGUGGAGGAGCCCUCGACGCCCGCCGAGCCGCUCUCAGCCGCCGCUCGCCGCUGGCGACUCGCCAAGGAGCCCUGCGAGGACCGCGGCGACCUCCUGGACCCCGCUCGGAGCAGGGAAAGGUCGCCGACCCCUCGGGCGCCUGAGGCGGGCGAAGAGGCCGUGCGCGACAGCCCGCAGCUGGCCGCGGCGGGGAGCGCAGCUCGCCGCCUUCGCCACCGCGGGCUCAGACAGCGCGGUGAGGUUUACUUCCUCGAGCUCUUCGCUGGGCGCUGCCGCCUCACCGCUGGAGCCCUGGGCGGCGGGCUACGCUGUACUGCUCCAGUCGACCACAUCAACGCAGACUACUUCGACGUCACCAGGGCCCCGGUCGCGGACACCAUCGCGCAGUGGAUCCUGUGCGGCUCGAUCUGGGCUGUCGCCCCGGGGACCCCCUGCACGCGCUGGAGCGCUGCUAGGCGAGGUGGCGAGAUGGCGGACUCGGCCGCGUCGGCCUCCGGUCUCGCCUGCGCCAAGUUUUCGCGUCGAGUGGUGCGGGCCUGCCUGGGCGCUGGCGCUCAGUUCGUCAUCGAGAACCCUCGGUCGAGCCACCUCUGGAGCUGGCCGCCGCUGGAGCGCCUGCUAAGGCGUGCUGCUGCCGUUCGCGCGGGGCUGGACAUGUGUGCCUUCGGCGCAGCAUGGAAGAAGCCGACUCUGCUCGUGGGCAACCUGCAGGGCCUUGAGCGCACGGAGGCGGGCGAGUCCCGCGUCGACCAGCGGCGGGAGGAGCACUUGGCAGCCCGCCUCGGCCAGAAGGUCAACCACUUCGUCCAGCAGCGCUAUCGUGACUGCUACGCCGCCGUGGUCCGCUUCGCCCGCGCUGUCCCAGCCGUCACCGACGUGGUGCAGUGGGACAAGCUCCUCGUCGAGUACAUGGAGUUCCUCUUCUUGGACGGCGCUGCAGUGAGCGCUGCCCGCUAUGCCCUCUACGGCGUUGCCUGGACAUUGGACUUCCCGAUCAAAGCCCCCAGCUGCUGUGCUCUUGCCAAGGCCACGCUGCGCGCGUUCUCUCGAAGAGCGCCAGAGAAGUCGAGGGACCCACCGUGCGAGGAGAUGAUUUGGCUGUUCGUCGACUUCUUCAUCCAGCACGAGCUGCACCUCGUCGGGUUCUUCGCCGCGCUGGCCUGGGACGGCUAUCUCAGGCCGUCCGAGGCGAUCGAGCUCCGCAAGGAGGACCUGUGCCCGCCCGCGAAGGGCGCCUCGAUCCAGAAGUGGAGCACCACGGUUGCCCCCUCGACCAGAGACAGGAUCGUCGCUGGGUGGAGCCCGAGCGUCUUCGAGCGGACGAAGCCAGGCGAGCUGCUGUUCAGAGGCUUCACGCUGGCGGCCGCCGAGAAGGCCUUCAACCAAGCCUCCGACCACCUGGGCUACAAGGUGGUGCCGCACGGGAUGCGGCACGGAGGCCCGUCGCACGACGCGUUCAAGAACGGGGCUGGCCUGCCU